CAUGAAGAAGAACCAGAACCAAACGGCAAAAACCUCAUCAAAACAAAAUAUAUCCUUGUGUUUUCUCUCUCUCUCUCUCUCUCUCUCUCUCUCUCUCUCCCCCCUCUGCUCUUCUUCCCAAUAACCCUGAUUCAGCUUCAUCUCGGUAGGCCCUGAAGACCAUUGACCGACCCUGCUUCAUCUUUGUUGGUGGGUUGAAUCAGAUGGAUUCAGAUAAGUGUUGGUCAACAUCGUGACCGAAGCGAUUUGGUUUAUUAUGACGAGUAGACAGUAAAGGGCGAUGAGAGCAGCUGCUCAGUGAGGAGGUAGAGCUUCUCAGAGAGCGAGCGAGAGUUAAGAAAUCGGCAGAAGAUGGUGGGGACAGCUACAGCAGCCUUGAGAGCACGGCAGGCUUUCUCGGUGGUGAAUGGAGGGCAAGAUCUCUGCCCGAACAGCGCUCCUCAGAGCAAUGCCGGGUCCGAGUGCGGGGGGAUCGAGUUCACCCGGGAGGAUGUCGAGGCCUUGCUGAAUGAGAAGGUCAAGACCAAGAAUAAGUUCAACUACAAGGAGAGGUGCGAGAACAUGAUGGAGUACAUAAAGAGGCUGAGACUUUGCCUCAGAUGGUUCCAAGAGGUGGAGGCAGGCUACGUUAGCGAGCACGAGAGGUUAACUAUUUCUCUUGAAAUCGCGGAACGAAGGCUUGCUGAAAUCGAGGUUUCAUCAUUAAACAAGGAAGAAGAACUGAGUUCCAUAAUCGUUGAGCUCCGAAAGAAUCUCUCAUCCGUACAAGAGAAACUCGCGAAAGAACAAGCAGAUAAGAUGGCUGCAGUCGACUCUCUUGUAAAAGAGAGGGAAGGCAGACUUAGCAGCGAAAAAUCCCAGGCCUCACUUUCUGAAGAGCUAGCAAGAGCGCAACUGGAGCUAUCAAGUGCUAAUCAGAGGAUAGCGUCGGUUAAUGACAUGUACAAGAGGCUGCAAGAGUACAACACAAGCCUGCAGCAAUACAACUGCAAGCUUCAGUCGGACCUUAACACUGCUAGUGAGAACCUUAAGCGAGUUGAGAAAGAAAAAGCAACUGUUGUCGAGAACCUCAGCCAUUUGAGAGGUCAACACAGCUCAUUGCAAGAGCAGUUUACUUCAGUCAAAGCUUCUCAUGAGGAGGCCUCAAAGCAAAAGGAGGUUUUGGCAAAUGAAGUACAGUGCUUGAGGGGAGACCUUCAACAGGUUCGGGACGAGCGUGAUAAAAAUCGGGAGCAAGUCGAAGCUUUAACAGUGGAAGUUGUGAAGUACAAGGAGUACACUGGGAGGUCUAUUGCUGAAUUGGAUAACUUGACUUUAAAAUCAAAUGAUCUUGAGGCAAGAUGUUUGAACCAAAGCGAGCAGAUAAGGACAUUGCAAGAUAAGUUGUUGAUAGCAGAGACAAAAUUACAGGAAUACGGUAUAUCUUCUGUGGAAACGCAAGCCGAAUGUCAAGAGCAAAGAAAACUUAUCGGUGAUUUACAAAGUCGCCUUGCUGACGCAGAAUUCAAGGUCAUCGAGGGCGAGAAAUUGCGUAAAAAAUUGCAUAACACAAUUCUGGAAUUAAAAGGAAAUAUCCGAGUGUUCUGCAGAGUCCGACCUCUUCUUCCCGAAGAGAGUAGUGCAGAAGGGAAAUCUACAUCCUACCCUACAUCAAUGGAGGCUCUUGGAAGGGGGAUUGAUUUGGUCCAAAAUGGGCAGAAACAUUCUUUCAUGUUUGAUAAAGUAUUUAUGCCGGAGGCAUCACAAGAGGAGGUUUUUGUCGAGAUAUCACAGCUUGUUCAAAGCGCUCUCGAUGGUUAUAAGGUAUGCAUUUUUGCUUAUGGUCAAACAGGUUCAGGCAAAACCUAUACAAUGAUGGGUAAGCCAGGAAUUCCAGAAGAGAAAGGGUUGAUACCUCGUUGUUUAGAACAAAUAUUUCAAACGAAACAAUCUCUUCUGUCACAGGGCUGGAAAUACGACAUGCAGGUAUCAAUGUUGGAAAUUUACAACGAAACAAUCCGCGACCUAUUGCCUUCCAACCGAUCAAACAAUGACGUUGCGCGGAUAGAGAAUGGUAGCGCUUCAAAGCAAUACACAAUCAAACACGAUGCAAAUGGGAAUACUCACGUCUCCGAUCUUACAGUUGUGGAUGUCUGCAGCAUGAGAGAGGUCUCGUAUCUUCUCAACCAUGCUGCUCAUAGCAGAUCUGUUGGAAGGACUCAGAUGAAUGAGCAAUCAUCUAGAAGUCAUUUCGUUUUCACAAUGCGAAUUUCUGGAGUUAAUGAGAGCACCGAGCAACAAGUUCAAGGAGUUUUGAAUCUCAUCGAUCUCGCGGGUGAGCGCCUCUCUAAGAGUGGGUCCACUGGGGACCGCUUGAAGGAAACACAAGCUAUCAACAAGAGUUUAUCAUCCCUAAGCGAUGUUAUAUUUGCUUUGGCAAAAAAAGAGGAUCAUAUACCGUUCCGAAACUCGAAGCUAACAUAUCUCCUUCAGCCUUGCCUUGGGGGUGACUCGAAGACUUUGAUGUUCGCUAACAUCUCUCCGGACCCUAGCUCUUCAGGCGAGUCACUCUGCUCCUUACGGUUCGCUGCAAGAGUGAAUGCGUGCGAGAUUGGGGUUCCACGGCGCCACAUGGGCACAAGAUCUUUCGAGUCUCGCCUGAGCUACGGGUGAUCUUUGAUUUCAAGAGGUGAUGACUCGAGAACCCACAUAAAAGGGGAGUGAGGAUUGAUUUCUAACAUAGGACGUUUGUAUCUCUGUAUAGCAAAAGAUUUGUUGCGGGGUUUGAAUCAUGAAAUUGAAAGAUCUACCCAUAAGCCUUUUUCGGACUUGAUUCCGAAAAUAUCAUGCUGAUAUAUUAAAUUUGGCGCCUUUGUGCACAUACUGAAUGAGACUCGAUGGAGUGAUAAAAGGAUGAAAUAACAUCUUUUGAGUUAUCAUUAA